CCCGUGCGCGGCGCGGGCGGGCGCAAUGCGCAGACUCGGCCCGUGGCUCAAGAUGGCGGCGGCGGAUAAACAGAAGCACGAGCAUGGGCGCGUGAAGAUCGGGCACUACAUCCUGGGCGACACGCUCGGCGUCGGCACCUUCGGCAAAGUCAAAGUUGGCAAACAUGAAUUAACUGGGCAUAAAGUUGCAGUGAAGAUCCUCAAUCGACAGAAGAUUCGUAGCCUUGAUGUUGUAGGAAAAAUCCGCAGGGAGAUUCAGAACCUCAAACUCUUCAGGCACCCUCAUAUAAUAAAACUGUACCAGGUCAUCAGUACACCAACUGACAUUUUCAUGGUGAUGGAAUAUGUUUCAGGAGGAGAACUGUUUGAUUAUAUAUGUAAAAAUGGAAGGCUUGAUGAGAAGGAAAGUAGACGUCUGUUCCAGCAAAUCCUUUCUGGCGUGGAUUACUGUCACAGGCAUAUGGUGGUACACAGAGAUCUGAAGCCUGAAAAUGUGCUGCUUGAUGCACACAUGAAUGCCAAGAUAGCUGACUUUGGUCUAUCAAAUAUGAUGUCAGAUGGAGAAUUUUUAAGAACAAGCUGUGGUUCCCCUAACUAUGCUGCACCAGAAGUAAUUUCAGGAAGAUUAUAUGCAGGUCCAGAAGUAGAUAUCUGGAGCAGCGGGGUUAUUCUCUACGCUUUGUUAUGUGGAACACUUCCAUUUGAUGAUGAUCACGUGCCAACCCUUUUUAAGAAGAUAUGUGAUGGUAUCUUUUAUACCCCUCAGUACCUGAAUCCAUCUGUAAUUAGUCUUUUGAAGCACAUGCUCCAAGUGGAUCCAAUGAAGAGAGCAACAAUCAGAGACAUUAGGGAACAUGAAUGGUUUAAGCAGGACCUUCCCAAGUACUUGUUUCCUGAAGACCCAUCAUAUAGCUCUACCAUGAUCGAUGAUGAAGCCUUAAAAGAAGUGUGUGAGAAAUUUGAAUGCACUGAAGAGGAAGUGCUAAGUUGUCUAUACAGCCGGAAUCAUCAGGACCCUUUAGCAGUUGCUUACCACCUCAUUAUAGAUAAUAGAAGAAUAAUGAAUGAGGCCAAAGACUUCUACUUGGCCACCAGUCCGCCGGAUUCUUUUCUUGAUGAUCACCAUCUGUCUCGUCCUCAUCCCGAGAGAGUGCCAUUCUUAGUAGCUGAAGCACCACGCCCUCGCCAUACUCUUGAUGAGCUGAAUCCACAGAAGUCAAAACAUCAAGGUGUAAGAAGAGCCAAGUGGCACUUGGGAAUACGGAGUCAAAGUCGACCAAAUGAUAUCAUGGCUGAAGUUUGUCGAGCAAUUAAACAACUGGAUUAUGAAUGGAAGGUUGUAAAUCCAUACUAUCUACGUGUUCGAAGGAAGAAUCCAGUAACAAGUGCAUACUCCAAAAUGAGUUUACAGUUGUACCAGGUGGACAGCAGGACAUACUUACUGGACUUCCGUAGCAUUGAUGUUCUCCAGAUGGCUUCUUUUGGGUGGAAGAGAAAGAUUGGUGAGAAAGUUUCCAAAGCUACAUCUCAGCAGUUUGAAGCAGAAGCUGCAGAUGACGAGGAUCUGUCUGAUAGCGAUGAUGCUAACUGGGUGCAUGCAACUAAGAGAAGAAAGGAAGUUCUCGUAGAUGACUGUGUAAAGAGAAGUAAGCAGCUAAAGGAUGAAGGUGCCAAUUUGGCUGAAAAUGGAAGGUAUCGAGAGGCUAUUCACAAGUGGGAUGAAGCACUUCAGUUAACUCCAGAAGACGCUACGCUUUAUGAAAUGAAGUCGCAGGUCCUGAUGUCUUUACAUGAAAUGUUUCCAGCAGUGCAUGCAGCAGAAAUGGCUGUCCAGAGAAACCCACGUUCCUGGGAUGCCUGGCAGACACUGGGACGUGCCCAGCUUGGAUUAGGAGAGAUAGCACUGGCAAUCCGAAGUUUCCAGGUAUCCUUACACAUCUUUCCAAUGAACCCUGAAGUAUGGAAAGAGGACCUUUCCUGGGCAAGAAAACUCCAUGAACAGCAGAAGGCAACAAAGACUGAGGCAGUGCAAGCACUGGCAAAAGGAAAAGAGCUCGCACAAGAAUCAAUCCCAGACUACGACUUUGAAAGUGAUGAAAUUGUGGCAGUCUGUGCUGCCAUUGCAGAGAAGGAGAAAGCUCUUUCGGCAGCUAAAACGGUAGUGAUUGUUUCUGCUUCAGGGUCAGUGAAGACUGUUACUGAGGAGAAUUGUCCUACAGCUCCUGAUGAAACCCUUUUCAUCAGAGCCCGAUAGGGCAGCUUUAUGGGUUGCCAUGCUGUUUUAAGAAGUAUAGUUAUUUAUUGUAUUGGGUUUGCUUUGUUUUCGUUUCUUAAGCAGUGGGAGAGCCUACCAAAGUUAGAGAAUUGACGUUAUUUUACUUUUGUAAAUUGAAAAAACAAUGACCUGAGUUGUUCCAUCUGUAUUUUUCGAGAGGAAAGCCAACAGUUGAUUCUAAAAAUCUGAGGAACGAUUGCAAUGUUAAAAUGCUUAAUUACUUUCUAACAACUGCUUUCAUCUUUAUAUAUGUCAUAAUUUUACAAGUUAUUGUCUACAUUUUCCCAGUAAUUAAUAGGCUUUCCUUCAAACUAUUAAAGGGAUCUUUUAAAAACAUAUUUCAAUCCUUAUUUGUUACUCAUCUUCCAGUUAAAGUGUGAACUGUUGUCUGUUAUCAGAAGUCUUUAUUUUUCAUUAAGAUUACUUUUCUAUGAGGAAGUUUCCUACGAAGAGGAGAUGGAUUAUUGUUUUUCUUGUGUGUGUGUGUGUGAUAGGUCAAAUGAAAUCGGUAGAAAUGUUUUGUGGUCAAAUGAAAUCGGUAGAAACCUUUAUGUUACUUUCAUAGGUGAAUGAGUUAAACACUUUCUGAUUAGAUGAAAGGAAAUGCUUUCCGAAACAAGCACCUGAAUGCUUAGUUACUACUAAUGCUUUACCGGAAGAACAGCUGAGAUUGAAACCGGCCUUUCCUUAUGUUGAGUGCUGUGCUACAGACAUCACCAAAAGUAAAAUUGUUGGCGUUAGAAAUGGGUAGUCUCAAGUGUAUUACAUUUAGCCUUUUCUUUUCUGGUGAGACUAAUCUGAUAAAGGAAGUCCAUUUGCUUUACCUAAUUCUUACGACCUGCCUGUUCUUAGUGAACCUUGUUUUCAGGACAGCAUUGCCUGAGUCUUCUGUUUUAUCUUUUUUUUGUAUUUUAGGUGCUGUGUUCACGUUGUAUUAAGUUAAUGGCAUAACAUAGGAGAUUCGUUUAAUGUUCGUCUUUCCUUAGGGGGAAGGUGGCGGUUGGUUCCUUACACGAGCAGUUCAGAAAACGAAAUCAGGCUGUUUCUUUGUGCACAGUGCUCAAACUGCUCUCUCUUCAUUGUCUUGGAGACAUGGUAGAGUUGAUCACCUCGUAAGUAGACUGGAAAAAAUAGUCAACUCAAGAAUUCCUGGAGAAUUCAGGAUUGGGAACACAUAAUUUCUACUUGAUUAUGAUAAUGUUUUACAUAGUAAAAAUGUUUGAGUAAUGGUUUUGUAGACAAGUUAAAACCUUUUGAAAUAAGUCAUCUUUGCAUCUUCAUAUCUGAUUUCUAUUUUCAAGAUGACUCAUGUUAAAAGGAAAUAAUAUUGCUCAAGAAGUAUAGUGAUUUGUGCAACAGAAAGUAUAUUGUAAAAAAAUUAUUUUGAUCUCAGAUCAUACUUCCAGCUGAAUACCUUUAACGGGACACUUACAGUCUGUGCAGAAAUUAAUUGUCCCUUUCAAAAACUUAUUUGCCACGAUUUACUUACCAAGUUUUCAUUAAUUUUUGCAAGAUUCUUCCUGAAUUUGUUUUUAUUUAUAUGUGCGUUUUUAGGUCUGUGCUUGCACACACACACACACACACACACACA